UGUAAGCGGGAAGAAUAUAGUAGUCGUUCAUGCAGCUACCUCAAAGGGACGCUUUUAAAGCAUGCAACCGCUGUAAUUUUUAUAUUUGCACGAAUACUUGGGAUCAUUGAAAUGGCGUUUGGGAUAAACAAGCCAUUCCGCACGCAAAACGUCUUAUUGAUAUUGAUGAUCGUCGUUUCAUUUAUAAUUGGAUGGCAUGUUCGUGUUGGUCUGCUGUCAGAGCCACUUGGACGCCGUAAUUCGCAAUCCUCUGAUGAAUUACAUGGAUACACUACUGGAAGUGGUGGUAAAACUAUAGGCAUCAACGGAGAGAGGAAGACACCACCUAAACAAGAAUACGUAUCAUCCUUCAAUAAAACAUGGUUGACAUGGGACAAGAUAGACAGUCCUGGACUUUAUCGCGCAUGCGUUAGGAGACGGGAACAGAAGCCGUCGACGGGAGGCACUAUUGUCAUGCAUGGCGUCAGUAACAAAAUGAGGAUUGAGACUUGCAUCGAUUCUUGCAUUCAAUCGGUGUUUACGUAUGCAGCACUGAGCCAUGGGGAUGAAUGCUACUGCACGAACGUUUCUUCAACUUCAGAAUUUCUGUCUUACGUCGACAGCAGUCUCUGUGACUUGAAAUGUGCAGGCGACAAGUUGCAUCAUUGUGGUGGAAAAACAUUCAUGUCUGUUUAUAGAACUUCAGUUCCAGACGCAAGAUGCUCGUCAAUAAAUUUUGGCUCCCCAGGUUCACUCCCGCUCGUUGCGUUAGCUUCGUAUCCCCGGUCCGGUAAUACAUGGACGCGAGAACUGAUAGAAAAAGCUACAGGAUUAUAUACGGGCAGUAUUUAUUGGAGAGCAGAGAGAAAUUUGCCAAUAUCGAAUAAAGUUUUCCUAGGAGGAAACGCAGACUACAAAAAUAACAACAUCAUCUGCGUGAAGACACAUCGGCAUGACCGAGACAGUUUCGAAGCUGCCAUCAUGCUCAUUCGGAAUCCACUCAAAGCCAUCGUUGCCGAAGCCUUCCGGAGACAAAUCUUCGAAUCGCACCGGUCUCCAGUGGACGCGAUUAAGUUUUUCAAAUCAGAAGGAUGGGAAAACUUUGUAUAUGAGCAAUUAAAAAACUGGAAUUCCAUGAAUAUGCAUUGGAUACAGAGCAAAAGAAGGCUCCUUCCCGUCGUUUACGAAGAACUCGAAUCUGACACUCGCCGGGUGUUGACGGAGAUCGUCGCAUUUCUGAAUCGGACAGUGGAGCAUGAACGAAUCACGUGUGCAACUCAAGAACAUCCAUCCUCCUUAGCGACAUUCACCUCGCUUGGCAACCAUGGAAGACAGACACGUGUUUAUCUUACUGCUGACCCUUUCACGCCUGAAAUGCACCAGAAAAUAGUUGACAGUGUAAAACUUGUCAACGCAACACUCUUUCAACUCCACAAGAGAUCGUUACCGAUUGUUUACCUGAAGAACACUGAUGUCUUCUAGCUGCAUGAUAGGGUAAAUUACCAAUUCGUCCACUCACCACAUGGUGUACCUUCAUUUAGUCUAACGCCAUUCCGUCCACCAACAUUUCGUCUAACAGCCAUUUGGUCCAAUAACCAUUUGGUCCAGUCUAAUCACCAGUUCGUCUAUUACAAUUAUCGUCUAAUAACUAGUUGGUCUUACACCCAUUUUCAUUAAUUUUGCACAAUUACAACUUUAGUUUAAUUAGACCACAUGGUAUAUGGACCAAAUGACUAUUGGACCAACUGGUUAUCAGACGGAAUGACAUUAGACUAAAUGAAAGUAGACCAUGUAGUGAGUGGACGAAAUGAUGGUAGACCAAAUGAUAGUAGACGAGUUGGCAAUUGGACGAAUUGACAUUAGACGAAUCGGAAAUGAACCCAUGAUACUGGGCAGUUUUCAUAUCUGCAACGGGGACGCAAUGAAGAAGACAGUAAAUGUGUUGGAAAUGACUCUGUCAAACGACAAUAGACAGCUAAGAUGUAUUAUUUUGUCGAAACUCGGUGAACCGGAACAGCAAGUUUCGGAGCUGACGAAAAAUUGCACAUAACAUAUGUCGCCUGUCCCGAGACCAGAACGAAAAUGUCGCUUUUAUUCACCAAUUUUCGACAAAGACUUCUUGGUUGUUCAUUGUCAUGAAGGGAUUUUGACAAUCAUUUUCUACGUUCUUGAAAGCGUCGUGUGCCGUGGAAGCGUAAACCCCCUAUCAUACCAAGACCACACCGAAAAGAGUCAUCUAUCUUUUUCUUCUAAAAUGAUUGUCAGCUCCCAUAUGAUGUAAACUUUCCGAACAAAUAAGUUGGAGAUGUGGUACUGGGAGACGGUAUGGGAAUUAAUGUCCUCCAACUCAAGCUCAAGGACAAUGCUGCAGUUUCAAGCCCCGGGCAAAGAAAGGACAAGGGGUAAGGGAACAAGAAACAAAACUAAUUAAUGGAUAUCUCAACUGAGGAACGCUUCGGAACAGAUACUUCAGACGUAGAAAUUAAGAGUCAAUUUUGUUUUGUUUUGGUAUUUAGUUAAUUUCAAGUGCAAUUUCUAUUGGUACAACGGGUAAAUUUGCAAUUUUACAUGACCAGAUUAUGACGCUAUUUAUAGACCAAUAUACGACGAAUGAAUUUUCAUUUAUAUGUGACCACAUUAUGACUUUAUUCAUGUUAUUAGGCCUUAUAAAAUAUACCACGGGUUUCCAUGUUCACCAUUGUAAAAGCAUGGUAGUACCAUUGUUCAGAUGGUUUCGCCUUGGUUACCAUGCAAACUUAAUGGCCCAAAUUCAGGAAAUCUGCAUAAACCACGGAUUCAACCGUGGGUUUUCAAAACCACCUUUGAGAAUUCGGGCCAAUAGGCCUAAGUUUCGUUUAGCAGUAUUAAAAAACCCCAAUGGUUUGACAAAGCAUGGUUUGACCUUGGUCACCCGAUGGUUGAACGGUAAUUGUCCAUGGAACCAUGAUUAUGAUGGGAAAUCCAUAGCUUUCCUUGGUCCACCAUAAAAUUUCUGAAAGAAAGACUAUGGGUUUACCAUACAAAAAUCCAUGGUUCACAAAUAAUUGUCCUUAAAACCAUAGUUAUAUACCAUAUUCCACAACAUUUGCGCUUAAUAUCAUAACUAUUAUUCAAUGUUAUGUAUUUCUAUUUCAUGUAUUCAUUCAUGUUAAUUAUGAAAAUGCAUCACUAUUCGACUUGGCCGCCAUAAUGUAUGAUUUUUAUCAAAUAAACCAUUUUUCUAUCCAUGGUUUAAUCAUGGCAAAACCAUAAGUUUCUUUUAUGGAAUGCUCAUGUUUCAUAAUUCUUCUUUACUGUAUAAUGUACUUUAGAAUUUAUUGUUCUUGAUGAAUGAUUUAGACAAUGGUACUCCAUAAAAGUAUGAUCGAGGGUAAUAUCGGGUUAACUAAACCCACCCCAAUUGAAUACUAAUUCUAAGAAUUUCAUUAAACAUACACGUAGAAGUAUUAAUUAAAAAAUCGCUUUAUUCGAGAAAAAUUUCUCACAAUAAAUACAAUCAGUUAAUAAAAUACGACUUCUUAUGUAUAAUACUAUAAACACAACAGUUUACAAUUAUCUGCAACUUUUUCACAUGAAUUAUGCGUUAGAGAACAGACAAAGAAUGUUAUCGUAAGGCAAUAUUGGGCUGCUAGUGUCAGUUAUAAAUUUGUAUGGAAAUCGCUUUGGCAUAAAAUUCAUCUGUUGGACAAUUUUUCACGACUCUUGGAAAAUAAGAAUAAUUUUGCAGGUCCAGUGUAUUUCAAAGAUUUGAUAAUAAAUAUAUACAAAGCCGUUUUUUCUGCAUAAUGCAUAUUCCAAACGUUUUACCGUUUAUAACGGUUCAGGAUUCUAGUAUUUUGGAGCCCGACAGGUUACAUUGCAACUGCAGUGCAAGGGGCAUGUCUUACAAAGAUUUGUGACAUUUGUAAUCGGACUCAAACUGUGAAUGAUCUUAAACUGUGAAAUCAAUCAUUGGGAAUUGACAACAAUCUCAACAUGUGUUCAAUUUGAAUCACAAUUGUUUGCAUAGGUUGCCGAGAAAUCUCUCGCAACAAACUAAAAGGCUUGCACUAUUAAAGAUUCGAUCUUAUUAUUUUUGUGUGUCCCGGGGUCCUUUAGAAUCAAAAUAGGAUGUGAAUCUAUCUUAUCUGUGUAUUUAAGAUGUUUCAGACGUUACUAAAAAGGAGGAGAAAGAAACAACAUUGAUACCAGCUUGUCUUUAAGGGGAAAUCUAAGAUAAUUUAAAGUCGCCAAACUCUGUUAAAAGUAAUGGAAACUUGUGCAACAUAGCAGAAUCUUUGGGCUCAACCAAUCAAACUGUCGCAUUGGCAACUGUUUCUAAUCACCAGACAUGCAUUAUUUUGAAUGUUUCGGAUAAAAGAGAUUUUCGUUUAGCGACGUACGGAGGAUUUGAGAUCAGACUAUUUGAUGUAAUAAGCUUUUUUCUCAGAAACGGUAUCUGAGUUUGUUUUUACCCCUUCUGCACGAUGGAAUAGAGUCUUGAUCAUACCACGCUUAUGUUCAAAAUGGUGAUUAUAAUAGAGGUAAAGUUCAGGUAUAUAUCCAAUCUAUCAUCUGAUUGAAUAACCGUUAAAAUAUCAAGAAAUGUUGAUGAUCGUACGUCACUUAUAGUGGUGAAUUGAAUGCCUGGAUAAAUAUAGUUCACAAUAAUGAUCCGUAAAUUCAUUCGAGAACUCUUUCUUGAGCUUAGUAUGGGUUUCAUCGAUGUAACGAAAACACCAAACUGGAGGGUGCGAUGCCGACUCAGAUGCUCAAAUGUUCCAUGUAGAGAUUGCAAACAAUGGGGGAGAUUGGUUAUCCCAUCGCAGUGGAGCUAUCAUGGAUAGUAGAAGGUAGGCCAUUUUGAGCGAAACAAGUGCUGCGCAAGCAGACAUCCAAAAGUUCGCCUGUGAUCCACUGAUAAGCGUAUCCUGUUCACAUUCUGAAGUUUGGUUUCAAUGACCCUCAGCGCCUUGUCGACAGGGACUGAAAUGAAAAGAGCUGUAACGUCGCAAGAUCUCAGUUAAUCGACCUCCUCAACACUUCCAUUCUUUAUGUAAUCGGCAAAGGAUGAGGAGUCAGUUACAUGGUGACAUGUCUGUCCCACUAACGUUGGCGGCGGAAGCAAAACAAUUUAGGGGGGGGUCCACCUGAAAUUUUUUGAUGGACACGGGUACAAAAUUGGACAAGC